CCACUAAUUAAUUGUUUAUUGCAAAUCAGACUUUGAUUAUCGAACCCUUUCCUUGUUGAGAUGCCUUAAGUCUUUUCGAGGUUCAUCUUCAUAUCAUUUCUGGCCACUUUUUGUAUGUUCAAAAUCUCUUCCAAUUACAACUCCGGAUUGAAUCGGAAGAUCUAUACAACAAAAUAAAAGCGAAACUGCGAAAGCAAGUUUUAGGAUAGUGUAAAAUUCUUUUCAAAUCAAAGGAUUCAUCGGAAGAUCAAGAUGUGCUAAUUUCAUGAGAAGUAGGAUUGAAUAGAAAGUUGAUCAAGACGAGCAAAGAUAAGAAGAGAGAAAUCACAAAAGGGGAAGUUUAGUCCAAGCGGAAUCAUGUCGGAGGCCCUCCUCUUAUCGGUGAUACAAAAGCUUGACGUAUAUGAUGGAGAGGGCAAAGUGGAAAAGGAAAUGAUAAUCAAAGAGAUUAGAGAGAUGGUGGAUAUUGUGAGGGAUAAGAAAUUGGAAGAGGGCAGAAGCUUAAAUUUUUUGGUAUCUGACCUUGUCGACGUGGUUGAUGAUGCCUACGAGCUUCUACCUUUUACCUCUUAUACGAAGCCCAUCCAUAGUUGGAUUGGAGAGAUCAAAAAGAAGAUGCUUAAACUAGGAGAUGAUGAUGAGUCCAACAUGAGAUCAUCACAAAAUGUUGAAGAUGAUGUAGAUGUGGUGGGCUUGAAGGAAGAUGUGGAAAUGCUGCUUCGCGCAAUGAUUGUUGGUGAGGAAGGAUUCUACAAGACUCUGCUUAUCAAAGGGAUGACUGGUAUUGGAAAGACAACUCUUGCGAGAGAGAUAUACAACCAUCCAACCGUCGUUGAGCGAUUCAAGCGUCGUGCUUGGGUAUCUAAUUCUGCUGACUUCACUAUAAAAGGGCUACUUAUCAAACUAAUACAACAGGUAGAAGAUCCUCAGAAUCUCCACGCAUCUUCCUCAUUGGAGAAUAUGGACAUCGCAAGGCUCCGAGAUGUGCUUCGCCAACACCUGCGAGGAAAGCGAUAUCUUAUAGUUCUUGACGACGUGUCCAAACAAAUGCACUUGACCUCUUUCAUGAAAGCUCUUCCACUAGAAUUAAACGGAAGUAGAUUGCUGCUCACAAGUCACACGACGCUCAUAGAGAUAUACAGUUAUGUAGGCGAGAAAGAUGCUCAUCAGAUGAAACCUUUGGAUGCUAAUAAAAGCUGGCAAUUGUUUAUGAAAACGAUCAACCAUGGAAAUAAAUUGACGGGUGAGCACAAAUUCCCAAUGAAGUUGGAGCAUAUGGGAAAACAAAUGUUGAGAAAAUGUGGUGGUCUGCCGUUAGCUAUAAAAGAGGUGGGAAAGCAGUUAGCGGAAAAGAAAGUCUCAGAAGGGAGUGAAUGGGAACAACUUCUUGAAUCCGUUGAUUUUAGUUCGACACUGAAGUUAUUGGAAUCGUUUUAUCAGAAAUUGGAUCCUAAACUGGAGUCGUGUUUCAUGUGUAUGGCCUUCUUUAAGGAAAAUACAACUUUGAGAGCAGAAAAGUUGAAACAGAUUUGGGCUGCAGGUGGAGUAGUGGAUUCAAGAUGUAACUAUGAAGCAUAUUUGGAUGGUUUAAUCGAUGAAUCUGUUAUUGAUGUCGUGGAAAAGAGUAGGAAGUAUCACAUGAAUGCUAUGCUACACAUGUUAUCCAUCCAAAAAGCAGAGGAGAAACUAGGCCUUGAGAUCCUAAGGAACAAUGGAAAUAAUCAACCCUCUCAGAGUCAUCGUCAUCAUCGUGUUAUCAUUUGUAGCAGAGACAAGUUCAACCACUCCACGGAUCAAGAUAAACAUCUUGUUUCUCUCUUCUUCCAUGGAGGCGGCUACUUGGACACUAGUCCGUCUUACUGGAAGAGCUUUGAACAACUUAAGAUACUUGACUUGGAAGAUUUUGGGCUGAAGAAUUUACGAGAGAGUAUUGGCACAUUGAUUGAAUUAAGAUACUUGGGAUUGAGAAACAAUUACAUACACGAGCUCCCAGACUCGUUGGUGUGUUUGGAAAACCUCGAGGUUCUUGACAUAGCUCAAAACUUUAUGGUUGAGAUCCCAGAUAUUAUAUGGGAAAUGCAUAGCCUUCACCACCUCUACUUGUCAGAUGUGAUUUUCCGGAAGCCUUUGAAGAUAGGUGCGCUGCAGAAAAUGAAGACCUUAACCUACAUCACGGUUGAUAAUUGGACAUAUGAGCUCUCAGGCUUAAAAAUGUUGAGUUUUCUUGAGAAAUUGGGCAUAGAAGAAUUGGAUGGAAACUCAGAUGUAAGCAAGCUCUUUGUGUCAUUGGCUGUGUUGGAAAGUCUUAAACACCUAAUCUUAAGAGGGUAUCGUUUCAGAAGCAUGCCUUGUUUGGAUGAGCUUCAUAUUCUAGACAAUCUCAAAACACUCAAAUUGGAUGGACUCCUUGCGAAGCUUCCAAGAAGUUUCCCUCCAAAUAUAGAAUCAUUGACGUUGGUUAAUAGCUGUCUUGAUGAAGACCCCAUGUCACAACUAGCCGGGAAGUUACCGGAGCUAAAAUAUCUCAAAUUGCGGAAUGCAUACACUGGUCAACGAAUGAAAUUCUUGCACGACGGCUUGCCUCGUCUCGAAGUUCUGUGCAUCGAAGAGCUGUGGAAUCUGAGAAAUGUAGUAUGUGGAGGAUAUGAAAUGUUUUGGCUCGAGAAAAUUGAAAUCAAUAAUUGUCCAUAUCUGGAUACCCUCCCGGAAGGGAUUGGGUCGUUUUCAUACAUGAAGGAGAUAAAGAUGGUGACAACCAGAAGCAUUGCAGCAAAGAUGAGGAAAUUAAAGUGUAUCUCCAAAAUAGGGAUCGUGAAUAUCAAUCCAUGAGCUAGCGCGGGUGUCUGCAUUGUUUUUACGUAUGUUUUGCUUGUUGGCCUUAAUUUGUGAUGUAGAUCAUGGCUCUUGGAGAAGCUUGAGAGACACCAACAUUAAUUAUGUUUAUGAGCUUUUAUUUCAAAUAUAUUUUACUUCU